GCACUUAAGAAACUUUCCCUUACUUGAAUCUUACUUUUUUACUCGCUUCCGUUUCCUUCUCAGUCUUGAAUUUUGUUUGAGUAGUGUAAUUUAAUUUAUAUUUCUACCAAGAAUGCCCGGAUUUAAAGAAAAGCCUCUUAUUAUUGAUGGUAAGGGUCACCUUCUUGGUAGACUUGCCGCUGUUGUUGCAAAAACUCUAUUACAAGGUCAAAAAGUUGUCGUAGUAAGAUGUGAAGGAAUCAACAUUUCUGGUUCAUUUUACCGAAAUAAACUUAAAUAUCUUUCUUUCCUCCGAAAGAGAUGUAAUGUAAAUCCUAAACGUGGACCCUUCCAUUUCCGGGCUCCCAGUAAAAUCUUAUGGCGUACUGUACGAGGUAUGUUACCUCAUAAGACAAAACGUGGUUACACCGCAUUAUUGAGGCUCAAAGCCUAUGAAGGUAUUCCCCCACCUUUCGACAAAAAGAAAAGAAUGGUUAUCCCAUCAGCUCUUAGAAUUUUAAGAUUACAAGGAGGUCGUAAGUUCUGUGCACUUGGAAGAUUAUCACAUGAAGUUGGAUGGAAAUAUCAAGGAUUAAUCGAAACUCUUGAAGCCCGACGAAAAGCACGUUCUUUAGUUAGGUACAAGAAAAUAAAGGAAGAGAAGAAAAUACGUGUACAAGCCAAGGAAUCUUUGGCUAAACAACUGAAACCUCUUCAAGAUAUUAUAGCUGCUUAUGGUUAUGCUGUAUAAGAAAUUUUUUGGACUCAUCAAGCAAAGGCUAUUAAAUAAAAUAUUUGCUUUAAGUUUACA